CUUCCUUAUCUCUCUGUUGGCAGGACUGGCGUACGGCCUCAUGAGUAUGUCAACGCUUCAGACCUUCCUCCAUCGUGGGACUGGAGGAACGUCAACUGGAAGAACUACGUGACCGUGACGAGGAAUCAGCACAUCCCCCAGUACUGCGGCUCCUGCUGGGCCAUGGGAGCCACCAGCGCGCUGGCCGAUCGUAUCAACAUAAAGCGAGGUGGAGUGUGGCCAUCAGCCUAUCUGUCUGUCCAGAACGUGAUCGACUGCGGGAGGGCAGGCUCUUGUUUUGGAGGAGACCACCUGAGGGUGUACGCCUACGCCCAUAAAACGGGGAUACCUGAUGAAACGUGCAACAACUACCAAGCUGUCAAUCAGAAAUGCGUCCAGUUCAACCAGUGUGGGACGUGUUCCUUCUUUGAUUCCUGUUCUGUUGUGAAGAACUACACGGUUUGGAAAGUUGGAGACUAUGGAGAAAUUUCUGGAAGGGACCAAAUGAAAGCAGAGAUUUACACCAACGGGCCCAUCAGUUGUGCUCUGAUGGCGACUGAAAGCCUGGAGGAAUACUCCGGCGGGGUUUUCUCAGAGUUUCACCCUCUCUCUCUGCCCAAUCACAUCAUCUCGGUGGCAGGCUGGGGUGUCGACGGAGAUGGCAGCGAGUACUGGAUCGUCAGGAACUCCUGGGGAGAGUUCUGGGGAGAGCACGGCUGGGCGAGAAUCGUCACCAGCGCCUACAAAGGGGGAAAAGGCAACUGGUUUAACCUCGGCAUUGAGAAAAACUGUGCAUAUGGAGACCCCAUUGUGGCAUAAAGUCCUCACUAGACCCCGAUGAGUCGCCAUCAUCUUCUGAUUUUUAUUUUUUAACACUUUAUAAAUGCAAUGGACUAUUCUAAACCCUUUAAGAAGCUCAUUUUGUCAAUUUAGAGGGUUUUUUUCUGCAGUUUACAUUCGCUCAGUGACAGGAAUGAUAUCAAUUCAGGGCUUUUUUCAAUCAAAAUCCGUUUCUUUUUUAGUUUUGUAUCUGGCUGCACCAGCAUUGAAUUUAUUGUGUUUUUGUUCCUGUAAUCACCCCACAGUGUCAAGAACACACAUACUGGCUCAUAAGUAGACUUGCACUUUCACUAAUAUUUAGAUCAAUGUCCUUUAUUAAGUGGAUAUCUUUAAUAUUUUACUACUCUUCCAAUAAAGUUAGUUUGUUAAAA